AUACCUAACAGAAAGGCAUCGGCAAAGAGUUCAGGGCCGCAGAGUACGCGCGCGAAUAUGGCGGAUACAAGAUUGGGUCCCUCACUGUGCCUCAAUCUCCCCAAAAUUCCUCUCCAUGUUUCUUCCAGAACUUCUCUCUCUAUGGCUCUUCCUCGUUCCCAUUGCAAUGGUUCCUCGGAUCCAAAUCAUAACCCCAUCCAACCCUCUCUUCUAGUCUUCUCAGGUGGGACUGCAUUUAAUGGCGUAGUCGAGGAGCUCAAAAACUUUACGACCCGCGUAGCUCAUGUUCUUCCUGUUUCCGACGAUGGAGGAAGCACCGCUGAGAUUGUUCGCGUGCUUGGUGGUCCGGCUGUUGGAGAUAUACGGUCAAGAUGUUUGAGGUUAUCUGAUCAGAGUACGGCCGAGGCACUCGCGGUGCGCAGAUUGUUAGGUCAUCGUUUACCACUCGAUGCACAGCAGGCCAAAUCGGAGUGGUAUGAUAUCGUGGAAGGAGAAAAUUCUUUGUGGGACGGUGUCUCAAAGCCCUACAGGGAAACUAUUCGAGCAUUUCUAGCCUAUUUUCAGAACCAGAUUCUUCGACGGUCCGAAAUGUUAUUUUGCUUCAGCAAUGGAAGCAUUGGGAAUUUCUUUUUUGCAGGCGCUCGUAUAUUUUUCCAGUCACUAGAUGCAGCAAUUUUUCUGUUUUCACGUGUUUCAGACAUCCCGUCGGACAGUCUUGUUCUUCCAGUGAUUUCUACUAAUGACAGGCUUACAUUAGGAUGUGAAUUAUGGGAUGGGACAAUAAUACGUGGUCAAAAUGAAAUCUCUCAUCCAACGACCGGACCUUCAAAGCUUAUUAAUAAGGGGAACAGUUCGGCUCCAGCACUUCCUACAAGAAUAAAGAGGGUAUUCUACAUGUCAAGUGAGGGUUGUAAUUUGCUGCAUGAGGUUUUCCCCGCACCAAAUCCUGUUGUCCUCAACCAGUUGAAUGACGUGGACUGCAUUGUUUAUGCUAUGGGAUCCCUGUUCACUUCCAUAUGCCCAUCACUGGUGUUGCUUGGAAUUGGUGAAAUCAUUUCAUCACGAUCCUGCCCGAAGGUGCUUCUAUUGAAUGGCACACAUGAUCGAGAGACUAGUGGUUUCACCGCUUCUUGUUUUACGACUGCCAUUUCAGAUGCUUUAAAUAGAACUUAUGGAGAGAAGCAUAAUUGUUUAAAUAACACUUCGGACCAGUACAUCAAUACCAUUUUGGUGCCGAAAGAUGGUGAGAUUCCAAUAGAUUCUCAAGCCUUGGCUGCACAAGGAAUCUUUAAUGUGAUUGUUGUUGAUUCCGUACGGGAUUCUAAAGUUGGCGUAGUAUUCGAUCCAAAAUCUUUGAUCCAAACUCUAGCAAAGUUGAUUGCAAGAUAUACAAGAUCACGUAUAACAGAACAGGUUUAAAUGACUGCGUAUGGGAUGCAGGGGUACGAACGCACUUGACUAUGCUACAACCAACCCCUUAUUGUUUCAGGUUUGAACUCUCGUAUAUCCUUAUAUCAAUUAUCCAAUGGCAAGGAUAAUUUGGCAUGUUCUUCAUAUGAACAUUAUGGAAUGCACUACAGGAGCAGACCCUCUUUUUAGCGUCUGGCUUUUUACUUGCCCUUGAAGAAUACAAGGUGCGAUCUUUACAAACAAGUUUGAUCGAUUCCUACCCAAGUAGUUCACUCUAUUAAUAUAUUAAAACUAUGAUCUAUAAGAUUGUUCAGGGACAUGGAAAAACCCUUCCUUGUCGCCUGAAACUUCGUUUGAUUAUGCUUCUAUCUAUCUAUAUAUUUUUCUAGUUAUGAUUCAUCCUUCUACAUUGAUUUUAAUGGGUUUAUCGUGUCAUUGAUAUCUGUUGUAAAAGCUCAUGGGGGCAAGCGACGCUCUAUUUUGAAGUUGUUAGCUACAAAAUACCCCCAUAACCAAGGAGGCAGAAGCCAAUGGCAAUGGAAAAAUAUUUGAGAUUUUGAUACACAGCAUUACUUGAUGGAGAUAUCGAUUAUUGUUUGUUUGAAUAAGCCAUCAAUCACAAUUUUAAUAUUUACAGCCAUGAACAUAUGCUUGUAUUUACGCCAAAAAGAUAGAGAUCUCACGAUGAAAAAGCAGAAGAAAAAAUAGAGUGAGAUAGACAUGAAAUAAGCCACGUGAACUUGUUUUCCUUCUUUUAGAUCCUUUCUGUUAUAGGUCCAUUCGGAAGCCACGGCAAUGUCCUUCCUCGCACUCUUCAUCAAAUCAUUUCCAUGAAUGACGUUCCUGCCAAUAUCAAUUGCAAAGUCACCAGGAAUGGUUACUACAUCAACAUUCUUCCCAGAUCAUGUCUGCGACUGGGCCAGAAAUUAGGUACUCGAACAACCCAUUGUUCAAAGUGAAUAGGAUGAAAGAUAUCAACAUGACCAACCAAGUUUCUUCUUCAGCAAAAAUUGCUUGAAAAGAAAUACAGGGAUUCAUAUCCAAAGAGGAGCACUUAAGAGUCUCACAAAUUCUUCAAUUAUUACUUCAUACCGACAAUUGUGGACCAAGAAAGUUCAUUUCUAAUAGCAAAUCCGUUACUUC